AUGACGGUGAGCCACCGCAAGAACAAGCCUACGCCCAAGUCCGAAGACGGCUCCACCACCGCCGCCGCCGAGCCGGGCGUUCGUUACCACUGCGAUGCAUGCGGCGCCGACAUUACGCUCACGGUGCGCAUCCGGUGUGCGGGCGGCUGCACCGACUUUGACCUGUGCGCAUCGUGCUUCUGCUCCGGCGCGCAGCCGGGCAAGCACAAGGCGUGGCACGACUACCGCGUGGUCGAGCAGCACUCGUACCCCAUCUUUUGCGACGACUGGGGCGCCGACGAGGAGCUGCUCCUCAUCGACGGCUGCCAGACUUACGGCCUCGGCAACUGGGCCGACAUUGCCGACCACAUCGGCAACCGCACCAAGGAAGAGGUGCAGCAACACUACCUCAGCGUCUAUGUCGAGGGCCGCGAUGGCGGCGAAAAGGGCGAUCAGCGAGCGCAGCAAGCGCUCGAGCGAUACCAGCGAGUGGCGCUACCCGUGUUUGACCCGCUCGUAGACGACGAAGGCACGGGAAGCCGCGUGGCGUGCCAGCUCACCACGCAGGAGCCGCCCGUGGUGGGCCCCUCGAUGGCGUUCACACCGUCGAUAUCGCAGGACGAGUUCCAGCGGCGCAAGCGGCGGCGCGUCGAGACGCUGCGCGAAGCCCAGGCGUCGUACUCGCCGCCCAAGUCGGCCAAGCCGCUGGUGAGUGCGCCCACCAACCACAGCGAGCUCGCCGGCUUCAUGCCCGGCCGUCUGGAGUUUGAGCACGAGUACGAGCAGGACGCAGAACACCUGAUCAAGGAUAUGGAGUUCGGCCGCGUGUACGAUUUUGGCGGCGCCGACAUGCCGUCGGAAUGGGAGGCGCUGGGCAGCAAGGCGACGCAGGGCCACGCACGCAUGGAGGCGAGCGGACGCGGAGGCCCCACCAGCAAAAAGGCCACCCAGAAUGCCGAAGCCGAUGCGGACAAGGAGGGCAACGCCGACGAAGACGCCGAAGAGCAGCAGCAGCAGCAGCAGCAGCAGCAGCAACAGCAAGCGGCGGCGGCGGAUGCCAAGGACAAGGACAAAGACAAGGACAAGGACGCCGAGCCGGAGGACAAGCCGUUCGACUGGGACGAGGAUCCGACGGACCUGUCUCUCAAGCUCACGGUGAUCGACAUGUACAACGAGCGGCUGGACCGACGACUGCGGCGCAAACACUUUAUGUUUGAGCGCAAUCUGGUCGACUACCGGCGCAACCAGGCGGCGGAGCGGCGGCGGCCCAAGGAGGAGCGCGAGCUGCUCUCGAGGACCAAGCACUUUGCGCAGAUGCAGACGGCGCUCGACUACGAGGACUUCCUCAACGGGCUGUGCUACGAGGAGGCGCUGCGCAAGGCGGCGGCGCAGCUGCAGCACUACCGCAAGAUGGGCAUCCUCACGCUCGAAGACGCCAGCACGUACGAGCGCGAAAAGACCGAACGCGCACGCAAGGCCGCCGAGCUCGCAGCGGGCGGUCUCGCCGCCUUCCCGGCGUCCGGUGCGGCAGCGACGCCCGUGGCGGCAUCGGCGCGGCCCAGGAUCGACGCGGCGCGCGCACGACAGCGCGAGACGAGCACGCCGACGCCGCACGACGACACCGCCACGACAGCAGCAGCGGCAGCGGCAGCGGCAGCAGCAGGCGCGAGUGGCGGAGCUGCGGCGAACGGCAAGGAGGGCAAGAAGGACAAGGGCGACAAGGACAAGGAGGGCAAGGCCAAGAAGGCGGGCAGCGGCGCCAAUGGGAGCGACGAGCCCAAGACGCCGCGCAAGCCGCCGCAGCCGCUGAACCUGGCCAAGGCGCCGUCGCUGAACCUGCUGACGCCGGCCGAGGUGCAGCUGUGCUCUGCGCUGCGCAUCCUGCCGCAGCCGUUCCUGGUGAUCAAGUCGACGCUGAUCGCCGAGUUUAUCGCGCGCGGCGGCAAGCUCACGCGCCGCGAGUGCCGCGCGCUCAUCAAGAUCGACGUGAACAAGCUGGGCAAGGUGUGGGACUUUUUCAGCGAGAUGGGCUACUUUGACGCGGCGCGCGACGCGGGCUGGACGGGUGGGAUCGGAUCGCCGCCACGCAGCCGCGACAAGCUGGUCAAGAAGCCCGAGUGGCUGGAUGGGAGCAUGGCCAUGUCGGCGAGCUACUCGUUUGCCGCCACGGCGUCCGGGGUGAAUGGCGUGGUUGGCAACGGCAAGGCGAGCGGCGUCAAUGGGGUGCCGACGAGCAAUGGAGGCGGAUUGUUUGAUCUGGCGCACGCCAGCCCUGGAGUGACGUCGGCACAGCAGCACCAGGCGCAGCUGCAUCACAAUGCACGCGGUGCGCCGCUCGUCGCUUCGCCUGCGCUGGGCACGGGAGGCGGCGAUGCACCGCAGAGUCCGAGCAAGCAGGAAAAGUAUCGUCCGACUGCAGCCGUAUAA